GACAGAUUUGUGGAUGCUCCGUGGCGCCGCGACGCUCUCUAGUUUGAGUUGUUUUUCAGUUGAGUCCUUCGACUUCGUGUCGUGGUGUGUCGUGUGACUAAGACAGCAUGAACUUUACCCCGACAUGCACCCCUGUCUACAGAAACAUUAGUGGUCCCACCAGGUGGAAAGAAAUGGCAGAUUUGAUGGAGUCCACUCCCUUGCCUUCCAUCAAAGAUCGUCUGGCUGUCCUCUGCCCUUCCCAGGAGCUUCUGGAAUAUUACCAAAAGAAGAUGGCUGAGUGUGACUCAGAAUAUGAGGAUCUCUUGGAGAAGCUAGAAAUCUACAGAGAAGCUUGUGAAGGACAGCAUAAACUUGAAUGGAAUUUACAGCAGAGGGAGGAAGAGAUUGCUGAAUUGCAGAAAGCACUAAGUGAUAUGCAAGUGUGCCUUUUCCAGGAACGGGAACAUGUUUUACGCCUCUAUUCAGAAAAUGACCAUCUGAGAAUCAGGGAACUAGAAGACAAGAAAAAGAUUCAGAGUCUUCUGGCUCUUGUGGGAACAGACACCAAAGAAGUGACCUAUUUUUACAAGGAGCCUCCCCAUAAGGUCAGCAUUCUCCAAAACACUCACCAGGCUGUAGGUACGUGUGAACUGAACGAGUCUUUGGCCUCAAAAGCAGAUCCUAAAGUAAACAACAAAAGACCAUCAAUGAGAGAGAAGGAAGACAGUUCUGAGCAUUACCAGAGAGACACACAAGCACUCAUUCUGCAAGUGGAAGCACUGCAGGCACAGCUGGAAGAGCAGACCAGGCUCUCCAGGGAACAAGUCGAAGGGCUCAUGGAGGACAGACGUCUUCGCAUUGAGGAAAUACAAGUUCAGCACCAGAGAAAUCAGGACAAAGUCAAAGAGCUAACCAAAAGUCUCCAUCGUACCCAAGAACUUUUGUAUGAGAGCACCAAAGACUUUUUGCAACUGAAAUUUGAAAAUCAAAAUAAAGAGAAGUCAUGGAUGCUUGAAAAGGAUCAUUUGAUGUCAAAAAUUAAGCAAUGUAGAGUGCAGCAUAAGAAGAAAGAAGAUAAAAUUGAAAAAGUUUGCCCAAUUUUAUGUGACAAUCAUCAAACUCAAAAUGAAUAUAUUAAGUCCUUAAAGGAUAAGUUAGCGCAAGAGAAGAAGCUGUCCAACAUGUACCAACAGCAGUGCAUCUCCUUGGAAGAAGAACUGGCCCGAAGCCGAGAGGAGGAGGGAGUGCGAAGAGAGAUCUUCAAGGAUCGCUCUAACAAGAUGGGGAAGCGUUUGCAGAUAAUGACGAAACGCUAUGAGGCCUUGGAGCACCGACGUAACCUGGAAGUACAGGGCUUUAAGACAGAUAUUAAGGUUCUUCGACAGAAACUGAAAGACUUGGAGCAAAUGUUGUACAAGGCAACAGUGAGUACUCAAGCAAACCAGGACCUGGCCAUUUUGUGUGAGCUGCGCAACAGCAAUAGGCGGACACAUAAGAUCCAAGAAGAACUGAAGAACCUCAAGUCCAAAGUGUUUGGUCUAGAGAAUGAACUUAGGCUUUGCUGACCUGUGCCUUCAGAAGAAGGCCUGCUUAAAGGCCGUUUGCUCUCAGGAGUGUGGACCUGAAGUUGAUUAGGGGAUUAAUUUUUAUAAAGACUAAAUGAAAAAUCAGGGCACAAAGAAAGCCUUUCUUACAUGCCAAGCUUCUUCUGUAAUUUUCACUGUCUUGUUAGCCUUCCUGAGGCAUAGAGAUGGCAGCCUAAGUUACUUUGUGCUUUCCUAUAUUCUCUCCCAUCUAUAUUGUCCGGUUUGUCUUUUUUUUUUUUUAAAGAAGGCAGUGAUUGAAAACACAGACAGUUUUUUGUGUGAUUUUGGCUGAGUGUCGUUUGGAAGAGCAGUUUUCCUACAGGAUAAACCCUCUUGGGGGUGCUUCCUCCAGACAGUGAAAGUUGCUACUGCCCAUCACGCAUAAAAUCUGCUCUUUGAACUGUUAACUUUCCUCAGACACAAGUAUUGCUGAGUCACCACCAGAGGGCAGUAGAGAUCCUACUUGAGCAAAGUUGUUUCAUCUGAAAACUAGAGGCGCUGCUGUGGCAAUAGGAGGUAAAGCUGAAAUGAUCCUUUUGUGAGACAGUUGACUACCAAUAACAUGUUUUUUAGAGUGAUAUAUUUCAAAUUAACUAUUUUUAAUAAAGUAUAUACUUUAAAAUA